AUGCUGGAGCAACCAAAGAAUGCCCGAUCUUGGGCCACCCAGACCUUUCGGUCUAUGGACGGCUAUGAUGCCAACUUCGAUCAAUGCCAAUAUGGUGUGCCACUGCCUGAUGAGAACUUUGAGGAGCAGUACAUCAAUAAGCCCACGAGACUGAGGUGCACUGAUGAAACUAUGGCCUUGGACCUUACUUGCACCUGUCAAGGGUGGCAUUGGCAGUUGCCGAUCGAGGGCAACUCGCCCGGCAUUGGACCUCGAGCUCAUGCAUCUGGAGUCUACCAGGCAGAACUUUGCUACGCCUUCUGCCUGGCGAUCCAACAGAUCUUCGAGUACAAGGGCCACGAGUUCACCUUUGCCAUUAAGGACGAGGCCAAAGAGGAGCUCACCUUGGAUGAGAUCGAUGCUCAGAUGAGCGAGGAGCCAGAGCAUCCCCUGAUGAUGAUCACUCGCCUCCAUCGGAAUCGGAACCUUGGACAUCCCACCAAGAAGGAACUGAUCCGCCUGCUCCAGAACAAGAAGGCCUCGAGGAAUUCCACUUUCAACCAACGUGUCCAAACUGACACUUUGUGGAUUCAAGUUCCUGGACAACGGCAACAACAGCCUGUGCUCAUGACCUCCGACAGCACCACCCGACUUCGUGGUGGCGAACGCAUUGAGGAGUUCAUCAAGCAACUUGAAAGAGCGUUGGGGCACUUUGGACCUAUAAAAGUACUACCAGUUGACGAACAUCGAGCAUGGAGCUCCGAUCAGAUGCGGGAGUGGUGCACUGAACAAGGAAUCCAACUCCAAGUGAGCCCUGGGCAAGCCCACGCCCACUUGGCCAUCUUGGAAAGGCGACACCAAGUCACCAGACGUGCGGUUUCCCUGUUUCUUCAAGCAACGAGGCCUACAACCCUGCACCGUUUGGAUCCGUCAGAACGACUCCUUGAGAAACUUCGUCUACAGCAAGAAGCUGCCAAAGCCACAGCUCAGGCAGACGGAGAUCAUCGUCUACGACGACCCAACAGCAAUCUCUACUGGCUGGGAUAUGGGACAGUUCUUCUACGUGCUGCCCCUGAACAUGUGAAGCCGGCCAUCCAGGUCCGGGACAUCACCGAGAAAGCCAAAGAUGGCUGGAGAUCUCCCUCUCUCACUCCUGGGGUUCAGUCUCCCAGGGACUCUUUGCGAGGGGGCAUUCAUUCCCAAAGGGAUGUCUCCUUCUUCUCCUUUCCGGAUCGCCUCCAAGAUGUCUCUACUUGGGAUUCCUGCCUCGAUCAGAGCUCCAAUCUCUUCUCGGGCGGCCCAAGCUCCUGCCGCAUCACCUGUUGGGUUCUCCCAAGUUUGAAGGGUUUCUUUUCAGACCUCUUGUCUGGUUCCUCCCCCGUCCUCUUAGUAGACAAUGACCUGUCCCGGCACCAGAUGAACCAGAAGACUGAUCCCUCCUGGAAUGGAAACUCCCGGAUCUUCCCGGGGAAUCGUGGGAGGCUGAGACCCCCAAGACCAGUGGUUUUCUCCGCAACCAGUGAUGGGGUCGUCCCAACCACUCUGCCGGUCUUGGCGGAGAAUACGACAAAGCAUGCAGCUUUGAAGGCUGGAGAUUGGCUAGCGCAGAUCGAACCUCUGGUGUCUGACGUGUCAGCUCAUGCAGGGUUCUGGUGGGAGAAGCUGCUGGAAGCGACAGAAUGGCUGCAAGCUGCGGCGUUGCAGAGGCUCUACAUCUCACCACCAGACCUCAAUGAACGGUCAGAAACGUUGACGGCCUUGACAAGUACCACGGCGAGCACUUCGGCAAAGGAGAGCAUGGAGGCGCUGAGGUUGUGGAAGCGCCACUACAACAGAGCCUUGGAGCUGGGAGCGUCCUUGCCUGAUGCGACCUUGAUGAUUCGGGCCUUGGACAAGAUGAUGGUGGUCAACAAGCUCUACGACGUCUUGCUGUCCGAAGCGGAGUUGAUGAUCACUGCUGGUCAGGAAAGCGGGCCUGCAAUCAAACAGAUGCAGGUGCGACCAAAUGGCGAAGGUGAACAGCUAGCGUCGCCUGGGAAGACAUUGGUGUGCAAAUGGUGGGGAUCCAACAAUGGCUGGGCCGUGACAAGUCAUGCAAGUUUCUGCAUGAUCCUGCGGCCCUGGACAACAAGUCGGCCAGAUGCUGGCGGUGCUCCGCUACCACCCACACCAAGAAGGAGUGCCCUACUCGAGAAGGCCAACAUCAGGAAAGAAUGGUUGAAAGAAAGGAGGAAAAAGAUGGCAAGAAUGCCAAAAGCGAAAGCGAAGAAAAGAAGGACAAGGAGGCCGAGAAGGAAAAGCCAGCUGAUGAUCUUUGAUGAUGGCAAGAGUGAGGCCAGCAGCAGCGUGAAGACGUCCAGCACCAGAGAUGACAGCUUGAUCAACGAGGUCACCAACUUGCUCAAGAGCAUGAGGAUUUCCACAGAUGGUGAUCCAAGCGUGAAGGCGAUGAUCAAGCAGGUGGUUUACUCGAACGACCAGCAUGACCGCAACUUGGUGGAUGGUGGAGCCAUUCACUGUCUUCGGCGUGCAACUUCAGAAGAAUGGCAGGAAAGCUAUGAUGUUGUGGUGCACCUGGUCAAGAUGGACCAAGGAUGCCCAACUCUGGAGCGUGAGGUUGCUUUGAAGAUCAUGGCUGAGGUGGAGCAGAUGAUGAUGCGCGGUAGUAUCACCAACUAUGAUGCCGAGCAGCUUCCACUCAACCGCAAGAUGAGGAGAAGGGCGAAACGCGCUGAGAAGGAACUGGCCGACUCUGGCAAGACGGGGACGGUGAUGUUCUUGAUGGGGCCACCGUGCAGAACUGUCUCAGCUGCAAGACAUGCAGAUGAUGGAGGUCCGAGGCCACUGAGGAGCAGAGUCGGAGAAGGGAGGUUUGGAUUGCAGGGCAUCAACAGCUUUGAGGAGAAGUUGGUGCAGGAUGAUGCAGUGCUGAUGCUGCGAGGCCAAUGGCUUGCAAGGAAGGCCAAACGGGCCAACAACUUGAUGGAGUCCAUGAUGGAGCAACCGCGUGACCCAGCGGAAACCAUGAAGAUUCUUGGCUGGGAAAAGGUCGAUCUGGAUCAAGUUGCAGUGGGUCAUCCAGUCAAGAGGCCAACAACGUUGCUGACCGACAUAGAUGAGGUCAAACAGCUGUAUGGUCUGGUCGAUGAUCGAAUUCUACAACAAGAUCGCCAUGAACUUUCUCUCCAACAACGCAUUGAGCAGUCGAGGAGUUGGGCUGCCUGGGCGGAUGGCCUGAAGUGGGUUUUGAGAGUUGCGGCCAAGAGGCUCAAAGAUACGCCGAUGCCUGCAGUGAAAACGGUCAACCUGCCCAAGAAGGAGAUUGUCCUUUCUGCACUGGUCACAGAUACGAUCAGCCAUGCCAAGUACUUCAUGAUUGGCACGGUCACCAGUCCAACGAAACGUGGAAGACCUAUGGUUGAAGGCCUUGACCAACUGAUCUCGAGGAGCCCUGGCAAAGAUGCUCAAUUGGAGAAGACCGAAGAGAUCCUGAUGUCCCUCUACGAGCAGCACAAGGAGAAGGAAGAUCCAAACAAGGAUCCACUCAAGUUGCUCGAGGAAGAGGAAGUUGAGAAGGAUGAGAAAGAGGAGCCAGUUUAG